AUGUGCGAAGUUGGUUCUGAGAAUGUUAAUAAGGUGAACAAUUGGAGAACCAAAACUAAAGAUGGUUCCUUUAAUAAGGAUUUUACGGACUCAAAAAAUAUGGACAGGUAUGCCGUGAAGUGUCAAUUUUGUGGGUAUAAGCAUGAAUUUGAAAAAUCAAAAUGCCCAGCAUGGGGAAAAGUCUGUGAAGCAUGUAAAGGAAGAAACCAUUUCAAGACUGUGUGUAAGAAAACAGUAAAAAUUGUUAAAGAGAAAAACGAAGAGGAAGAUGAAGGCUACGAUCAUUACAUGUGGAUGGCACCGGUUGCAAUGAAAAAUUCAAAUAGAUUAACUGCAUUACUAAUUGUAAACGAUACCGAGGUUAGAUUUCAUUUGGAUACGGGUGCUGACGUGAAUACAAUAUGUCAAAGGUAUGUCAAAAGGGAUCAAGUGCGACCAACGUCUGUGAAACUCGCCAUGUGGAAUAAAUCCAAGCUUUCGCCCAUUGGCGAGACGACAUUGAAUGUGAAGAACCCCAAAACUGAUGAAAUUAGAAGUGUAACCUUCAUUGUGGUUUCAAAUGACCUAAUGUGUUUACUUGGGUCAAAGACAUGUCAAGAGAUGGGAUUCGUGUUUGUCAAUGGUAAAGCAUUUGUAUCAAAAAUUGACAUAGACCAUGAGAUGAGCGACCUUGGUGACCUUGGAGAGGUUAAAAUUAAUGUAGAUUCUACAUUACCAGCAAGAAUAUUACCGUGCCGACGUUUACCCAUUGCAUUAAAAUCAAAGGUUCAAAAAGAGUUACACUCUCUUGUAAAAAGAGGAGUUUUGAUUUCGGAGACUGAACCAACUGAAUGGGUUAGUCAAAUGGCAGUCGUUCAAAAAACAAAUGGAAAGUUAAGAAUAUGUAUCGAUCCUCAGCCACUCAACAAAGCUCUUAAAAGGGAAUAUUACAAAUUACCAAUUUUGGAGGAUAUACUGCCAAGUCUAAAACAUGCCAAGAUAGUUAGCAAACUCGAUGUUCAAAAGGCUUUUUGGCAUAUACGACUGGAUGAAGAAUCCAGCAAGUUAACAACAAUGAUUACCCCGUUUGGUAGAUAUCGAUGGGCUUGUCUACCUUUCGGGCUGAAGGUGAGCAGUGAAAUAUUUCAGCGAAAAUUAAAUGAGGCAUUGGAGGGGCCUCGAGGUGUAUACUGUGUAGCUGAUGAUAUUGUGGUCGUUGGUUUUGGAAAUGAGGAACACGACGCAAUGCGUGAUCACAAACAAAAUCUCCAGUCUCUCAGGAGGCGUGGGUUCGAAUCCCACCGCUGCCACCAUGUUGAUUUCCUUUGGUAG